CAGGGAGGAAAGUUACAGAAGUUUUUGCAGCAGUGAGUGGCAGCGCAGAUUAAACAACUUCCCCCGCUGAGUGUGAUUAUAAGAAUAAGGCAGAUGUUGUUCAGAUGUUCCGGCGCAGAUUAAAGGACUGAGUGUGAUAUAUGCAGAGUACUGCCCUGCUGACUAAACCUUAAGAAGUGCUGGUGGUGGCGUCUCAGACAUGACGUCCUCCUGUGUCCUUUACGGUGUCCUCUUCGUCAUCACGAUCACGUCCAUCACUACACCUGUAUCAGCUGUUACUACAGUACGGGUGAAGUUUAAUCAGUCUGCUGCUCUGCCAUGUGAAUGGAACUGUUCUUAUGAGGCCACAUGGACUCUGUUCAGUAACGAUCAUGUAGUGGCUCAGUGCAAUCAGACAUCCUGCUGGUCAGAGGAGGGAUUUAAAAUGUCCCAUGAUGAGUAUUUGAAGGGAAAUCUCACCCUCACCAUCCCUGCAGCUGAUUUCAGUCAGAGGAAAACGUACACGUGUCGGUGUGAUGGAAAAGCAGUUAAUGAUGUGCGACUCAGCAUCGACAGACUGAUCUCAUCAGUUCAGCUGAAGCCUGGUGAAGAUCUGCUGCUGGAUUUGCACGUAUCAGAGCAAGUGGAGGUGAUCUAUUACCACAGAGAUUCAGAUAAACAGAUCUGCAGUGUGGACAGAAGCUCACUCCACUGUCCAGCUGAAUACACCUCGAGAACAUCACUCAAUAGCACGGUUCUCACACUGAGAGGAGUCCGGUCGACUGAUGGGGGAGUUUACAUCGUCCGAGAUCCAGAGGAGAAGGAAGACCUUCAUAUUUACGAGCUCAGUGUUGAAGCUCCAGGACCAAAGCGUGGUGGGACACCAGAGUGGGUGAUUUUACUGCCGGUGGUGAUGUCGUUGGUGUGGGUGGUGGUAUCGGUGAUUGGUCUAAUACGCAUGUGAAGCGUGUAAUCCGGUGGAUGGAAAGACGACGACGAAAAGCAGAUUCGAACAGCUCGCCAGAGGCAGAACGGCUACACAUGGGGACUUCAGAAGAUCAUUUCAUACAGCAGGCUAACCAUGGAGCCGAAGAAAGGCAGACGUCUACAGCUGUAAACGGAACCAUAGGACUGGCAGAGUUGGCUGAUUUCCCACAAAUGGACAGGAGGGCAGAGAUCAAACAGCCCCACAGCAGUUCAGCGUGUGGACAACUGGGUGAAAGGGUCAUUUAAGUGCAAACGGUGCAACUAUAGGAAAGAUGAAGUACAUUAUACAGUUUAGAGAUUCUACAGCGAAUGACUUGUAUGAAAGAGCGGAACAACUCUGCACAGCAACAUCAGUAUUUUAGUGGUGGAACAGUUGGUGUAUAGCACUUUUAACAAUAAACAUUGUCGCAAAGCAGCUUUACAGAAUUUGAACGGCUUAAAACAUGAGCUAAUUUUAUCCCUAAUCUAUCCCCAAUGAUGAAGCCUGUGGCGACGGUGGCAAGGAAAAACUCCCGCAGACGACAUGAGGAAGAAACCUCGAGAGGAACCAGACUCAAAAGGGAACCCAUCCUCAUUUGGGCAACAACAGACAGCAUGACUAUAAUAUUUACAGUUUUAACAGGUAUAACCCUCAACUGUCCUCAUGGGGCCGUCCUUCACAGGAGCGGUGCGAUAAAACUCCGACCAGACACAGGGCACCAGGAUGGAUCAAGCAGGUCCGAGGGGCAGAAGAGGCCAGCAUCUCAAUCCCAGGAUCAACAUGUAACUCAGAGGGACAGAUUGGGGGGAAGAGAGAGAAAGAAAACACGUUGUUAGGUAUGCCCUAAAAAUGACAAGUAUUAAAUCUGUGUGGUAGGCUCGCAGAGACUAGAGUCUUUACAUCAGGCAUAACACACAACAAUGGCAUGUUAAUAUGGUAAAAUAUAUCAUGACCUGCUCUGGCUGGAUGCUUGAUUGGGUGAUGGGAGCACACUCCUCAGCAAUGAUGAGAUGCAGAUGGGACCCUUAGGGCUGGCCAAGACAAUUCAGUUACAUUUCACCGGGUCUGGGACAUGCGACAGAAUGUCUGACGGCCGAUUCCCUGCAGGCUAGGAUAGCCAGUCGAGGUCUCCACCCUCUCCACCAAAAGAUUUCCUGUUGACUCCAUGUAACUCAGAGGGACAGAUUUGGGGUGGAGGGGGGAGGGAAAGAAAACACAGGUGGUUAGGUAUGCCCAAUGUCACCUGAAUAAGUAGGAGCAGUAUACAUAUUGCACCGAGUACAAGCAGGGACUCCGGCAACUAACUAUGACAGCAUAACUAAAAGGGGAGAGCCAGAAGGUAACACAGGCAUGAGGGGCCCCGGGACAUAAAGCAGCCAGCCACUACACCGUCAACAAACUCAAGUGAGCAAGCAAGUGUGGGGACUAACAGCAUCCAUACAUCCCAGUUUACCAAAACACUCUGUCUGAGGAUCCUCCAGAUCUACUCCUUUACCUCAUAAACACCAUUAACACAAGGCUUGACUAAACAGAUAUGUUUUCAGCCUAGACUUAAACGCUGAGACUGUGUCUGAUUCCCGAACAUUACUUGGAAGGCUGUUCCAUAACAGUGGGGCUUUGUAAGAAAAGGCUCUGCCCCCUGAUGUAGCCUUCACUAUACGAGGUACCAGCAGAUAGCCUGCACCUUUUGAUCUAAGUAGGCGUGGCGGGUCAUAGAGGACCAGAAGUUCACUCAGGUACUGUGGUGCGAGACCAUUUAGUGCUUUUAAAGGUCAAUAGUAGUAUUUUAUAAUCAAUACGAAAUUUGAUUGGGAGCCAAUGCAGUGUGGAUAAGACAGGGGUGAUGGGGUCAUAUUUUCUAGUUCUAGUAAGGACUCUUGCUGCUGCAUUUUGAACUAACUGGAGCUUGUUUAUGCACUUAUUGGAACAUCCAGACAGUAAGGCAUUACAAUAAUCCAACCUGGAGGGAACGAAAGCAUGGACUAGUUUUUCUGCAUCAUGCAAUGACAUUAAAUUUCUUAUCUUAGCAAUAUUUCUGAGAUGAAAGAAAGCUAUCCGGGUGAUGUUAUCAAUGUGAGUUUCGAAUGAAAGACUGGAGUCAAUAAUCACUCCGAGGUCUUUUACUGCUGCACGUGAAGAAACAGAAAGGCCAUCCAGAGUUACUGUGGAAUCAGAAAACUUACUUCUAGCUGUAUGUGGUCCUAGUACAAGUACUUCAGUCUUGUCAGAGUUAAGCAGAAGGAAAUUACUAAGCAUCCAGUGUCUAAUGUCCUUAACACAUUCCUCAAUUCUAUUAAGCUGGUGUCUCUCAUCAGGUUUUGCAGAGACAUACAACUGUGUGUCAUCAGCAUAACAGUGGAAACUAAUACAAUGUUUACGAAUAAUAUCGCCCAGAGGUAACAUAUAUAGAGAAAAAAGCAGUGGACCCAAGACAGAACCUUGUGGAACACCAAACUUUACCUCGGUACGUCUAGAAAUAUCACCAUUUAUAUCAACAUACUGAUAACGAUAUAUACAGUGGUGUUUGAAAAUUUGUGAACCCUUUAGAAUUUUCUGCCCUGAAAGGCGCCUUAAAUAAAAUGUAUUAUUAGUGUGCUUGAAAAAGCACACUAUUGUUCUUAAGUUUUAUUAUUAUUCGUUUUCACCUGUUUUUUGGAUCCACUCCUCCUCCUAGGGCUUUUGAGAUAGACAUCAUUCCAAUGCUGAAACGUAGGGCCCGAUCUGGAAUGGUGUGCUUGUUAAAAUGGUUGCACUACCCCUUGUCGUUCGUCCGGUAUUCCCAUUUUUCGGUAAAAUUCCGUGCCAUUGAAAUGAAUGGGAGUGAUGACGUCAUAAGGAGCGCCCCCACUCUAGACGUUAGAGCGCGCGCAGCAGAAAAAACAAAAUUAAAACUGCGAUUUUACAGCCAGAAUCCAUGUUUUAAACCCUGUAAAACCUCUGAAUUAAAUUGAAGAACAUAUAAAAGGGUGGAGAGGAGAUUUCACUGCGCGAAGCGUCUCCCUUCAAAAUGCUGUGAGAGAGUGUGACGGGCUGAGCCGCGACGCUGACAGAGCGCAUGCGCAGGCAGCCAUGUGCCGCCAUUUUUAAAUCUCUGCUGUCCUGUCGCUGUUCUCAUUGCCACCACCGUAUGUACUGUUGAAUCUUUGUCGAGUAUCAAAAAGUAAAAUAAUUCACACUAGCUGUUAAAACUUGUAUUUCAACUCCGGGAGCAAUUCCCUCACCAGGCAUUCAAAACGCUCUUCCGGGUCUCGUUUGGGGAAACAGAUGGACUGUUCCACUGGGGGGGGGAUAGAGGGGUGUCCCGGGUUCUUUGUGGGGCAGUCCAUUGUGCUGGGGGUGUCUUAGGGGUAAUGACUUGAAAGCCAUUUGGAGGGUUCAAUAAGGUGUUUUUGUGCAGGUCAGUUAUUGUAUGUAUUUUAUAGAAUGUGAGAGAAUGCGGCUUCAUUUGAGCAAGCACACUCCAGCAGUUUCUGCAGAGGAAAUGCAGUCUAGUUGUUAUUAUUAUUAUUCUUUUGCCACUCACAGAUAUGUAAUAUUGGAUCAUUUUCCUCAAUAAAUAAAUGACAAAGUAUAA